UAUAUAACACCAUAGCCUCACCACCUUUCCCCAGCUCACAUUGUGUGUGUGGUUAUUACAAACACAAAUUUUCUUCUUCCCUUGAGAGAGAACUUUAUAGUAUGGAGUUUAUAGAUAUUCUUAUCCUCUUCAUCGCUCUACUGUUCUUCCGUUUGUGGUGGCGUCGUUGGUCCGUCACCGGCGGAGGACCGAAGAAUCUCCCACCAGGACCGCCAGGAUGGCCAAUAGUCGGAAACCUCAUCCAAGUCAUCCUCCAACGUCGUCACUUCAUCUUCGUCGUUCGAGACUUGCGUAAAAAAUACGGCCCAAUCUUCACCAUGCAAAUGGGCCAACGCACUCUCAUUAUUGUCACCAGCCCCGACCUCAUCCACGAGGCCCUGGUCCAGAGAGGCGCGGAGUUUGCCAGCCGCCCCGCCGACUCUCCCAUCAGACUCAUAUUCAGCGUCGGAAAGUGUGCCAUCAACUCGGCCGAGUACGGUGCGCUAUGGCGCGCGUUGAGGCGUAACUUCGUCACUGAACUCAUAAACCCUACGAGGAUAAAGCAGUGCAGCUGGAUACGACACUGGGCUCUGGAGUACCACAUGAAGAGGAUACUUAAAGAGGCAUCGGAAGUUGGCUACGUUGAAGUAAUGAGUAACUGCAGGCUCACUAUAUGUAGUGUUUUGAUAUGUCUUUGCUUUGGUGCAAAGAUCCCGGAAGACCGAAUUAAACACAUCGAAAGUGUACUUAAAGAUGUUAUGUUGAUAACUUUGCCGAAACUCCCCGAUUUCUUGCCCCUACUCACUCCGCUUUUUCGUGGAAGUGUACGAGAAGCUAAAGAGUUGAGGAAGAAACAACUGGAGUGUUUGGUUCCACUUUUGAGGAACCGAAAGGCUUUCCUCCAAAGUGGUGGUAAGGUUAACGACGAGAUGGUCAGUCCUGCCGGGGCGGCUUACAUUGACUCGCUCUUCCAGCUUGAAGCUCCCGGCCGUGGACGGCUCUCUGAAGAAGAGCUGAUCACGCUAGUCUCUGAGAUCAUCAACGCCGGGACCGAUACGAGCGCCACUGCCGUGGAGUGGGCGCUAUUCCACUUGGUCACCAACCAAGAGAUUCAAGAGAAACUCUACAAGGAAAUAGUGAAGACGGUCGGCAAAAACGGCGUCGUUACAGAAAGCGACGUGGAGAAGAUGACUUAUCUCGGGGCAGUGAUUAAAGAGACAUUUAGAAGACACCCGCCGAGCCAUUUCCUGCUGUCCCACGCGGCGGUCAAGGACACGGAGCUUGGAGGGUACAACAUACCCGCGGACGCCAGCGUCGAGUUUUACACGGCUUGGUUGACGGAGAAUCCGGAUAUGUGGAAGGACCCGUUUGAGUUCCGACCGGAGAGGUUUUUGGAAGGUGGGGAUGGUGAGGACGUGGAUUGGACAGGAACCAAAGGUGUGAGGAUGGUGCCGUUUGGUGCGGGAAGGAGGAUCUGUCCAGCAUGGACUUUGGGUACACUGCAUGUGAACUUACUUUUGGCCAAAAUGGUUCAGGCUUUCCAGUGGUUACCGGUCCCAAACUCUCCACCAGAUCCAACUGAGACUUUUGCUUUCACCGUUGUGAUGAAGAAUCCUCUCAAGGCUGUUAUUUUGCCCAGGUCGUCGAACUAGUUGAUGAAUGAUGAUCAUUAAAUUAAUUAAUUGUGGUUUUGGUCAAAACUUUAAGGAAUAUGUAUGUUGGCUGCUAUAUAUAGCCCCAUCUAUUACUGUUAUUGAUUAUUAUUUAAAAUAUAGACCUAUAAUGAAUUUUAUGAAGUGAUGGUAUUCGUACAUGAAGUUAUGAAAUGGUACUAGUGUUACUUAAUUGGUUGUUGUUAAUUAUUAUGUGUGCAUGGUUGGUUCAUAUAUAGAAGCAUUAUUAUUGUUUUGGAGACUAGCUAGCUAGAGAGUAGUAGUUAUAUAUGUGGGAUAGGGUUUCCUUUAAUGCGUUGAAGAAGCGUCUCAGUUAAUUAUCAUACCAAACCACUGUCAGAUAUAAAUGUAAAGUUUUUUUUUUC